AGAAAUGAUAACAACUAUGGAGAAGACGUUGGUGGUGUUAGUGCUCGUGUUAGGACUCUCACACGUGCCGAGUUUGACACUCAAUUGGGACGGCUGUGGAGGAAGACUUGAGAGGGCUUUGGACGCCAUGCAGAGGGAUUCUUCACGAAGAAAUCGACAUGAAGAUGAUGAAAACGGGAUUGUUUAUCAACGGAAACUCACCUCUGCUCCUCUUGAGAUGACUGUUGCUCGUAUUUCUGUAAAGGUACCUAGUUCAGGAACAAAUCGCGAUGGAACGUGGGCAAGAGUGGAUAAAUGUAAAUUCGAGCCAAGCAAUAACUCUCUGCAAAGUCGUGUAAUGUUCAACGAUUUAUCAGUGUCGGGAUUAGUGCUGCUGGUGCCGAGUCAGCGACAUUCAUCAGGCCCGAACAUCGGUGAAUCCUGUCGGAUGAAUUUAAGAUUGAAACGAGCUGGGGUUGAAUUUUCGACGAGUCCAAUCGCCCGAGGGCGAGGACAAAUGAGAAUUCGAACAGAGUCAAACUUUCUGGAGCCGAGAUUCGCGUCGAUUUAUGCUUACGGCUGUCACCCGACCAAUCGGCUCGACAGACAAAUAAAACGCCACGACAAGCCUGCUAUUUUCAAUCCUCCUAGUCAUCACAAUAGCAAUAACAAUUACAAUGAUUACCCUAACGACGCUCCUGAGCCUAGAGAAGACAUCGUCGAGCGCUCUACGACAGAAGAAGACGUUGUUAUUGCCAACGAGAGCUCCGUUUCAAGGUUCGGCUACUCCCGGUUUGAUUCCUUACCUACCAAGAAGACUUUCUGGAUCACCAAGCCGCCGGACGACAAGCGCAAAAGGCGCUCCAAUAUUUCUGCUGAUUCGCUGGAUAAUAAUUUUGAUAAUUCGCAGGAAAAUAAAUUUCAGCAUUUUCUGAUGGAUGAUUAUCCGUAUGGCGUUGAUUGGCAGUCCAAAGAGAGCGUUGCUCGAGAAAUGGAGGACGUUUUCCUCCGAGGAGCCAGCGAAGCUCUCACGAAGUACAUUGAACAUGAGCUUCAUCCUGCUAUUAAAGAAACUCUCAUGAUUUCUAUGGGCUAUACCAUUAGCUAUGGAUAAUUUAGAAAUAUUAAAUCUAACAUAAAUAAUAAUUAUUUAUAAUUGACAAUAAAUAUAUUUUUAUACGUAAAAAAUGCCAUUGUUUAAUUGACAAUUUGUUUUAACAGUUUGACUUUAAAACGAUGGCUCACAAAUUAAACGUCUAGUCGACUUGUAAAAUAUAAAUAAAUAAAAU